AUGGCUCACCUCGACUACAGCGCAGUCUUUCUCGUGGUAGUCACCGUCAUUGUCUUCUUCGUCCCAGUCUUCAUUCUAUUCCCACCAAUCCCCGUUGAUCACAGUGAUGCCUUGCGCCAGACGCAUAGCAAGCUGGGUCGUCCUCUACGGGAGAGCAACCUAAGAUCCCAAUAUGACAAGAGACAUCAACCCCAGCCAGGCAAAACUCCAAAAAUCGAGAGCCUUCACAUAUAUCCCAUAAAGUCAUGCAGGGGCAUCGAAGUUGACAAGACCAGGAUUUUGCCCACUGGCCUGGAGCAUGACCGCCUCUUUAUGUUCGCUCAGCUGACAUCUAAGGCCACAUCUAAUUCUACUGGGAAAGGCGACGAAGCUGCGUCGAGCCGCGUCUGGGAAUUUCUGACGCUACGGCAGCUGCCGCUGCUAGCCAAUGUCAAAGUUGACAUAUGGCUCCCGGACCCAAACAAAAAGAGCAGACAACUUGGCUAUUUGGAAGGCGGCUUUGUGCUUGUCCGCUUCCCCUGGCAAGACAAAGGCUUGCGAGGGUUCGCUCAACUUGUUGCCGCAAAGUUUAGUCGAGGGCUGAGCGCAGUUUCCGAGAAGGAAUUUGUUCUCCCACUGGAGUUUCCAUCCAAGGAGGAGAUAACCGCCAGGGGUUACGAGUUUGCAAAUGUCAAAAUUUGGGUGGACAUUGCGAAUGCACUCAACAUGUCCAGGGAGUUACCGCCAGAGCUGGCUACCUACCUUGGUGUGAAAAAUCGACUUGGAAUCUUUCGAUCCGACCCAUUCAACCGCAGGGUCGUAUUUCGAUGCGCUCCCCGGAAGGAAACGCUGGGUUAUCAAACGGAAGUAGAUUUUCACGACGCAUACCCAGUACAUCUGCUCAAUUUGACGAGCAUUCGAGCACUGGAGUCCAAAAUCCAAAAGGACAAACAGAUAGACCGUUUGGAUGCUCGACGAUUUCGCGGCAAUAUAAUAAUCUCCGGGGUAAAAGAUUAUGAUGAGGAUGACUGGCGACGUAUCAAGUUCAAAAGUCCUGGGACGACUAAGACAUUGAGCACGUUCGAUGUCUCAUGUCGAACUGUGAGAUGUAAGCUGCCUAACGUCGACCCGGCUACGGGCAUUCGCCAUAAGGUGGAACCCGAUCAUGCUCUACGCAAAUACCGGGACAUUGACGCCGGUGCCCCAAAAAUGGGUUGUCUUGGCAUGCAACUUUGCCCUAUUUUUCCAAAGAGUGACAUUCCAGAGCAGUUGGAGUCCAUGUUGGAAGUCGGCAUGGAACUUGAUGUCCUUGAACGUGGAUCCCAUUUAUAUAUCAAGCAAAGCGCACGGUGA